GAUCUCAAGAAGCACGGGACAUUAAUAUAUAAUUAAACGGUAAGAGUGAUUAUAAGUGACUGAUAAAUAUGUUUAUUUAGCACUAUAAGGUGUCCCAUGCAACUUUUAUUUACAAUACCUCUAUAUUUACUAAAGUGGGCUCUCAACGGACGCAUUACCGUUAUUCCCGUGUCACGAAGGUGUUGUAUUAUUAACAAAGAUGCCAAUGGUGCUGCGGACACGGAAAUCCCUCGCCCCCACUAAGGUGAGUGAGGGAGAGGAGAGUGAGGAAAAGCCCCAGGAAACAGAGUCCCAGGACACAGACCCGGUAACUCCGAGAAGGUCGGCCCGCCCGCACGGGAGCACUACGUACGAGGACUCAGGCUCUGAGUCAGACUCUGAGUCUGUCCAGAUCAUAAAGAUGGAGGAGACACUUCAAAGUCCCCCUGCAGAGCUGGAGGAGGAAACUGCUGAGGAAGCCCAUCUAACGGAAUUUAAGUAUUGUAGCAUCGUGCUAGAUCGUAUUGGGGCUGAGGACAAGGCAAGUAGAGAGCUUGAAGAGAGAGAAGACAUGAACCGAAAAGGUGGGAAACUCGUCUCCCGGAUCCCCACUUUCCAAAAACGACCCAGCGGCGCAAUCCCAACCCCGGAGCUCCAUGUUCCCAAAAAAGAUCCCCCUGUCCACAUAGCUCAGCCUCUGGAGAAAUCUGGGAGCGGGGGCGCAGAGGCCUUGAAGUCCAAGCUAACCGAAGUCAGAGAAAAAGCACUCCCUUUACCGUCAGUGCAGACCCCCAAGAUCGGCUUUGAAGCGGAACCUUCCACCACAUUUGCCCAUAGUCCCGUUACUACCACUCCCAAGAGUCUCUUUGAAUCUGGGCAAUACUCUUCCAUGAUUGUGAGCCCCAGGCCUGCCCUCAGACUGCAGCAAGGCUCAGAGCAACAUCUACCAGAGGAAGACCAGAGCCAAACGCUUGAAAAAGGAGCCGAUAACGUACUUGAUGCCCCCGAUUCUCAGCUGCCAGACCAGGGCCUCAUUGGGCAAAAGCCUUUGGAACACACUAAAGAAAACUAUGACGUAACGGUUGAAAGCUGGAUCACUCUCAAUGCCUAUGGAGACACCAAUAAGUCUGAAGACGAACUUCACACAACCAAGGUCAGCGAUGUGGCGUCAAUCAUGGACGAACAACCGCCGUGGGAAAUACAACUGAAGAACCUGCUCGAAUUCAAGGACAGUAAAUCUUCAUCAGAAGCUGAAUGUGAGGAUGAUUUAGCAGAGGAAAAGUCCGAGGACCAUGAUGAUGAAGGGGAAAUGAAAGAACAUUAUGAACCUCUUGUAACCAAGUCUGAGUUUUUAGGUCAUGCAGAGAAAAGCUUCAACGUUGAUGAAGCGACCUCUCCUGCAGCACCAGAGAAACCUGCGGAAUCUACCAAGUCGACUAAGAGCUCAGGAGGCUGCAGUUUUGCCCUCUUCUGCUUCCUGCCCACCCUCUUGCUGCUGGUCGGGGGGCUGGGUCAGCAUGUGUGGCACUACGGGCUCCCCUUGUCCGUGGCCCAGCUCACGGCUCAGAUGGAGCUGCACUGGAUGGAGGGCUUGCUGGUUCCAGAGCCCUGCAGCACUGACUGUCGGUAGGACACAAUCAGGCUAAUUGUUCGUCUAUCAC